AAGUUCGUUUGCAUUGUAGAGACGUUCUAAGUUGGCGGCGAGUCUGCAACCAUCUCCUGCCUGGGUAAGUACAUAGUACCUACCAGGUCCUACAAGUGCCAUACAAACCCAUUUUAUGACCACGAAGUCUGAAAAUGACUUCUUUGGGUUCUCUGACGGAAUUUGUUGCCUCUCAGGAUGAACUUGUCCGAGAAGCAGCUUUGACUCUUCCCCACGAAUUCUCUCGCUGCACGUACUCCCUGGGUCCAAUCAGGCAAGCUGUAUACCUUUGCCUUACUUGUCAGUUGCCCCGCGGCCUGUGUUCUUCGUGCUCCAUCGCGUGCCACACGGAUCACGAGCAAAUAGAAUUAUUCCCCAAGCGCAAUUUCCGAUGUGAUUGCCCAACGACUGCUAUCCCACACGGAUGUACUUUGCACCGUAGUCUAGAGGAGGGAAAUAGGGAAAAUUCAUAUGGCCAGAAUUUUAGGGGCAUUUUUUGUCGAUGUGGCCGACCAUACGAUCCGAAAUGUGAAAGGGAAACAAUGAUCCAGUGUCUCGCAUGCGAGGACUGGUUCCACGAGUCGUGUCUACACUUGCGGACACGACCAUCCUCACGGGAACCGUCUCCCGUCCCUGAAGCAGAAACCCCAGACCACGGUAAUGAUACCGAAGACAACCAGUCUGAAGCCUCCUCUUCAGGGCUGCCUCCGCCGCUCGUAUCUGCUGAGGACUACGAUGCAUUCGUCUGCUCCUCUUGCGUUCGCUCGAUUAAUACCCUUCACCGGUAUGCUGGUACACAAGGUGUCAUAAUGGUGGUUCGUGAUACAGAAGAUAGCCCAUGGAGGAAACUUGGGUGUAACCCUUUAUGCGCAGAUCCACCGACAAACACGGAAGAUGAUCUACUAGAUAUAGAUGAUUCUUUGACAGCCCCUGGGCAAAAACGAAGCCGAUCGCAUUCCUUUCACUCAGAGGAACCAGAGCGGAAAAAACAACACAUUUCACCAGAGCCAUCCUCGCCUUGUCUUGCCCCAGCACCAAAUCCGAUUGCACACGCUAUAUUCCAGGGUUCACAGCAACCGUCAGAUACAAAAGCACCUCUGAGUGAGGGUGAUGUUUUCUUGACUGAAGGUUGGCGCGAACGGUGGUGCUGUUGCAGUCGUUGUUUUCCGUCUCUCAGCGAUCGUCCGUAUCUCUUGGAGGAAGAAGAAACUUACGAGCCCCCGGAAGAUCCUGAUUCUGCUCUUUCUUUGGAGGAACUCGGUAUGCGCGCAUUGGAGCGUCUUCCCCGCGAUAGGGCGAUUGACGGGAUCCGAGCUUUCAAUGAUAUGCGGGAUGACUUACUAGCAUAUCUCCGGCCGUUCGCGCAGGAAGGCAGAAUAGUUGGCGAAGCUGACGUCAGGCAGUUCUUUGAAACAUUGCACGAAAGCAAGCACGGUUCUUGAUUGUGUUUGCAGUUGUACCAAAAUUUGUGUUGUAUGAGGUAUUUCUUUGUUUUUCCUACGACGUCGAGACCCUCAGCUAUAACAGUCUUGUAUUAUGCCUGAGUUGGCUGAAGAAGUGAUUGUAUCUUGCUCCGUAACACUAUGCACACGGGAUCUGUCUGACAAUGUGCUUCGAUAUGGUUCGCUCGGUCCAUAUAGAUAAUCUUCACAAUCACUCCGCUGUCGAUGUCCACCGGACUUGAUCGCACGCGUUAGACCGCACGUCACAUCUAAUUAAUGAAAGACUACCU